AAUGGUGACGUGUGUUGAAACAGAGAAACAAAAACAAAGCAAGAGAAUGUGCUAGAAACAAAGAAAGAACUAUAUUCAUAUUCAAUUUUUCAUGGUCCAAUUCUUCCUCAUUUCAUCGUCUUCAUUGGUUCUUUCAGAUUCCUUCUUCUGAAUUUUGUGAUUAAAACCAAAACAAAAGAGAGAGAAACUAUCAAAUGAAAUUGAUACAUUAGAAAGAAAAAAAAGAAAAUGGACGGUGAGAUGAUGAUGAUGGAAACGGAGACAUCUAGCUCCGGUCAAAACGACGCCGUUCGUGAUUUACUCACAUUGGCUCGUCAACUUAUCAAUCAAGGAAAACCUUCUCAGGCUCUUCAAGCGGUGGUUGUAGCAGUGAGGAAUAAAGGUGGAGAUGAAGCUGUAUUUCAGUCCUUGAGUCGUGCUCGCGAGCUGUAUAGAAGUAGACUUCAACAGAAUUCCGCGGUUGAUCAGCUGGCUUCGUUGUUUGCCGAGUGUGCCAUUGCUGAAGUUCAGCCGGCAAUGAUUGAACCAUCUGCGACUAACAUUACCAACCCAUCAGUUACCCCAGAUGCUAAUGGAACAUCCAUACUUGCAGAAAGUGGCAGGAUGCAAGUAGUAUUAGAUGCAGUUUCUGAUGGAAGCAGCUUCAUCUGUUUGAAAUGUGGCGGCCUUGUCAGUAUUCAGCGCAAAGACGAGCACUAUGCAUACUGGUGUUGUUGAUCGCAGUGCUUGGAUAUAAGGUUUCAUAUUUGCUAGGGUGAGGCUUAUGUUUUUCCAUGCAUCUACAAGAUGAAGUGAUUAUCACCUUAUAUGGUUCUUGGAAAAGCCAUAACGUGGUCAUAGUGGAGUUAAUUAUCAAACUUGGUUAGUCUUCUUCGAGGACUCCAAUGCUGUAAACCAUAGUGAUUUAGUUACACAAAUACAGAAAAGUCCAUGUUGACUCUAAUGUUGCUAUUAGAUUGUUUCAUUAUGAGUUGAUAUGUUUUAAUAUAACUAAUAUACUUUACCAAUGGUUUUUUUGCUUGA